UCCCCGUAACUGAUCCCUUCCAUUCCCUUUAUCAGUUUAGUUGCUCCUCUCUGUACUUUAUCUAUGUCACUAUAGUUAGUACAUUCGGUGACUCACUGACUACAGUUUAUUAUCUCCAGUAAGUGACAUUAGGGUUUUUCUGCAGACACUGGAGUUAUACAAUGACUGUACCAGAGAAUACACUGGGAUGUCUAUAACUGUUAGGUCAAUACACAGACUGCUAGUUGCAUUUAUUGGGGUCCCUUCCGACUUUUUAAUGUCGGCGUCCCCCGCACAGCGAGCAAUUUCCAGCACCAAAUAGUAAUCCUGCACCAUAGCUGCUCCUCCCCCGGUGUCUGUACGCUUUCUGAGUUACUAUGGGAACCUCACCGCGGUGUUACCUGGGAGCCGCAGUCCGCCUUCUCCCGCCACAUAGCCACUUGCAAUAGAGGCAGGCGUAGCAAAAACUACACGUACCAUAAUGCAUUGCGAACGCAUUCAGCUUUCUAGCCGCUGGGUCAGUCCUUAAAUUGCAAAAUGAUUUAAUCGAUGACGUUCUGAUGGAUAGGAAUAUCACACGAGAUGAAGUGCGAGAGGGUUUCAGACUACUUUGAAUGAAAAACGUCACUGCCAAACUCGCACCGUUUCCCCAUGAUGUUAAAGUAAAGCUUUUCUAUUGCGCGUGCGCAAGUGGUGUGUUGACAUGGUGCCCGCAACAAAGAUGGUCACCGCGAGCUUCUGUAGAGAAGGAAGGGAGUGACUGAAAGGUUGUCCCGCCUGUCAACAUCCUUCACCGCUAUCGCUUGGUUGGCAGUGGCCAUCUUUGCUGAGGGUAAAGUGCCCUGUUUGGCAACACUGUUGAGGAAGGCCGAGAGAAAAGCCUGACCCUCAUCCUGAAGGAUUCAGCGUGCAAUCAUGAUGGACAGGGACAAAAACCAGGUGACGGAGAAGAUCUUGGACCUCACCCUGGAGAUUAUCGCUCUGCUAAUGGGAGAGGUUCCUGCCUGUUAUCAGAACGAUGGUUCAUGUCCCACAGCGGGGCAGUUGGAAAAUUCCAAAAGGAACAUGGAACAGUAUGAGGAUGUUGCCAUGAAAAACCAAGACUCCCUCAGCCCUGGGUAUAUCCCCAGUACUCCAGAAAGAUGUCGCAUGCCCCCGUUCUCUCAGGCUGAUACAGAGGCCAAUGACAAGAUGGCAAGGGAUUAUCAGGUUGAACAAUUGGAUGGGAUAUUCCCCCAGCAGUGUAAGAAGAAGGAGAUCCCCACUGAUAUCAACACAGGAUUUCCCUUCACUUGGGAAGCCAAAAUGGAAGCUUUCCGCAUGCCUUUUUCGGAGUUUUCCAUGAAUAGCAAGAGUGUGCCUCAGCAUAGCCGAGAAAUAAGAAAUACGAAGCUAAAUCCAUUGGUUGAGACUUCAAAAACAUCCCUCAAUACUCCUGUUAAGAACAAAACAUUACAGGAAGAAGCUCGACCAGGACUCCAGGACUUCCCUGAUGAUUUCCACCCAACGACGUGUUUUAAUGAGAAAACCCAACAUGUAUCUAAUCGUCCGGACAGCACCAAGUUCGAUCUUGAGGCGGAUCAAAUAGGCGGGAUGGCAGAAAAGCUGUAUUUGUGUUCAGAGUGUGGCAAAUGCUUCACUAAUGAUUCCGAUCUAGUCGCCCAUCAGAGAGUUCACACAGAGGAGAAAGCUUAUAUGUGUUACGAAUGUGGCUCCUUUUUUACCUGCAGCUCGGAUCUUGCAAAGCACAAACAAAUUCACUCCGGUGACCAUUCACUGUCAGAAUCUGAAUAUGCAAAGUGUCCUGCCCAAGCCACGGGUUCAUAUGAGAAAAUACAGACCGGGGAGAAGCCAUUUAUCUGCACGGAAUGUGGCAAAUGUUUCUCUUGCAGUGUAGACCUUGCAGCACAUCAGAGAGAUCACGCGGUAGACAACAACGCGCCGAGUUGUGAACUUGAAGCACCACUUCCCAAAGGCAUAACUGCUCUUCCACAUCAGAGGAUUGACGCCCGGUUAAAAGACUUUGCGUGCUCUAAUUGCGGUGAAUGUUUCACGGUGAAAUCAGAGCUGGUGAAGCAUCACAGGAUUCACGUAGAGCAGAAACCCUUUGCUUGUUCUGAAUGCGGAAAAUGCUUCACUCAGUUGUCGCAUCUUCAGAGACACCAGACCAUGCACUCAGGGGAGACGCCGUGCAUUUCUGCAGAACCCAGGGAACGUUGCGAUGAUAGUUCAACUGUAUCCAAACCAGAGAAAAGUCAGACGCAAGAGAAACCAUUUGUUUGUGCUCAAUGUGGGGCAGGAUUUCCCACUAGCCCCGAGCUUGUUACACAUGAAAUCCUACACAUUGCAGAGACAGAAUUUGUUUGCGCUGAAUGCGGAGAAUGUUUCACUAAUAAUUCUGAUCUUGCAUCACAUAAAGUCCUUCAUGCAGGGGAGAACCCAUUCCUCCGUCCCGUAGGUGACAAAUCCCUGUCCUAUAGUUCAAAUUACUUUAUAAACCACAGCUCUGCGGGGGACAAACCAUACGCUUGCUCUGACUGUGGGAAAGGCUUUGCAUAUAGAUCGGCCUAUGUCAGGCAUCAAAGGAUUCACACAGGGGAGAAACCCUUUGUAUGUUCCCACUGUGGAAAAUGUUUUACUCAAAAAACUCAUCUCAUUACUCAUCAGAGAGUUCACAAAAAUAAUAAGCAUAUUUAGUUAGGUUUUAUUAUCAGUACACGUUUCAGUGGUUAUAUUUGUAUUAAAUUAUGUUAUGCUGUCACCAAGAUAUAUAUAUAUAUAUAUAUAUAUAUAUAUAUAUUUAUUUCUAUGGGGUCCAUUAUCCAGAAACCCAUAUUAUGGAAAGGCUGUCUCCCAUAGACCCCAUUUUAUCCAAAUAAUCCAAAUAUUUAAAAACAAUUUCCUUUUUCUGUGUAAUAAUAAAACAGUCGCUUGUACUUGA